GAUCAUCGCCGAAUGUGUGAAUACGUCCUGGUCAAUUAUGGUCAGGCAGCGGUGUGCAGGAUGUUGAUGGAUCCAAACGCUGUCGAUAACCCCACGACAUCUGGGAAGGAGCAUCAGAAUCCUUCAGGACUUUGUCCCAUGGAUGAAGGUUGCCGAUUUUCCAGAAUUGGAUGCUUGUUCAAGGGCAACGCGGGAGAUCAAAAAGUUCAUGAGAAGAAUGCUGCCGGAAGACACCUGUCCCUGCUGCUCCAGUACGUCAAACACCUGAAGGGCAAUCCAUCCCCAAGAGGCAGCUUGUGCAACUCACCUUUGAUAGACGCCAAGCUUUGGAUGAAGUCACCUCUCACCCUGAAGAUUCAGGAUCCAGUGGGGGAGAGGUCCUUCUCUGCGUCGCCAGUGGAGGAGGGGGUGGUGAGCUGGUGCACCCUCUUGAGACGAGUGAAGAGGGUUUCUUGGCUGGAGACCAAGCUGCAGGUCUUUGAGAACAUCACAUCGGUGCUGAGCAAGGAGAUGGCCAUGUCUCGGCAGAAAAUCCUGGCCUUCCGUGGACAGAGGGGCCUUGACCAAGAUAUGAUUCGUGGCUUAGAGCUGAAG